AAGAUAUCCUAUGUCAUCAACUCAAGGGGCUUUGUUGUUCUUUCGGGACAGAAAGACGGAGAAAAUUAUUGUUUGUUAAUCGUUAACAGUCGGCCUGAGCAAGGAUAAUGUUUCACAAUCAAAAGCAACUGUGGAAGUUAACCGUUGCCGUCUGUUAAACAGUAGUGUAUUUGCGGGACCAAAUCAGCUCGGCAGUGAGCUAGCAUUAGCCAUUUCGGGGGGAGCGUCAGGAAUUCCAGGCAUUGGGAAGAAGAGGAGAAAUCUCUGUUGGGAUGCCUCACACAAGUUGGGAAAAAACUGUAUUAUACAGUUCCGCCUGGAGCCAUGAAAUGUACGCCAGAAAUAUGUGUUCGUUUGACUGAUAUCAGAUUUCAGGGACAAUCUCGUGGUAAUUUUGUAACUGUUAACGUGCCAGUUUAGCGAGUUAGCCACGUAGCUACGUAGCCUUCAGUAGGAAGUCAUUUAAAAUGGCGGAAGGUUUGUUCAUUCCUUCGGCCCUUGUCUUCAUGCUGUUGACUUUGAGUGGCUGGGCUCUUGGGUCUUGUCCUGCUCCUUGCUCGUGUUAUAAAGGACAAGAUGAGGUCCGUAUUCUGGACUGCAACAGGAAAAGGCUAUCGACGGCUCCCAGCGACCCACCAGAUGGGAUAACUCAAGUUACCAUGAAUCACAAUGAGCUGACUGUUCUUCCCUUUCUUGGAGAUGUUUCCUCAAAUAUCACCUCACUGUCAUUAGUUCACAAUCGGAUCUCAGAGCUGUUGAUGCAUCAGCUGCAGCCCUAUGUUUCCUUGGAGACACUGGACCUGACGUCCAACUCCAUCUCUGAGCUCAAAGUUGGAUCCUUCCCCUUCAUGCAGCUGAAAUAUAUGAAUUUGAGUAAUAACAAGAUCAGCGUCCUCGAGCCUGGCUGCUUUGAAAACAUCUCCAGCUCCCUGCUGGUGCUGAAGCUGAACAGAAACAGAUUAGCUGUGCUGCCAUCGAAAGUCUUCAAACUUCCACAGCUUCAGUUCCUUGAAAUGAAGCGUAACAAGAUCAAGAUAGUGGACAGCCUGACAUUCAAAGGGAUGGACUCACUGAGGUCACUGAAGAUGCAGAGGAACGGCAUCACUAAGCUCAUGGAUGGCGCCUUUUUUGGGCUUAACAACAUUGAAGAACUAGAGAUGGAGCACAACAACUUAACUGAGGUCAACAAAGGUUGGCUAUAUGGUCUGCGCAUGUUGCGGGUUCUGCGGGUCAGCCAGAAUACCGUGGGCAUCAUCCGACCAGACGCCUGGGAGUUUUGCCAAAAGCUGGAGGAACUAGACUUGUCCUUCAAUCAUCUGACUAGACUUGAAGAGACAGCUUUUGUUGGUUUAGGUCUCCUGGAGAGCCUGAACCUGGGAGAAAACUCCAUCAGCCAUUUGGGAGAGGGAGUGUUCAGUGGCCUGGCAAGUCUACGCACCCU